AUGAAAGGGUGUGAGAAAAGCUUUCUUCAAGCUCGUGUUAUGCCUGAUGGCCUUUAUAUUGGUAUGCUUGAUGUACCCAGGCCUACAAGUAGAGUGGAAAUUGUUGCAGCAAUGCGAAGGAUUCGAUACGAAUUUAAAGCAAAAAGGAUUAAAAAGAAAAAAGUGACAAUUGAAGUGUCAGUGGAUGGACUUAAAGUAAUGUUACGAAAAAAGAAAAAGAGAAAACAUUGGCUUGAUGAUGGAAAGUCAGUUAUAUUGUCCAAUCCAAUAUAUCGGAUAUUUUAUGUAUCACACGAUUCUCAAGACAUGAAAAUAUUUAGUUACAUAGCUAGAGACGGUUCUUCCAAUGUAUUUAAAUGUGCAGUAUUUAAGUCUAGUAAAAAGAACGCAAGAAGUUCGGUUCCGAACGAUGCGACCGGCAUAGGCACUAGCGAGCUGCAUGAUACAACAGUCAUGAUCGAGCCGCGCCUAGAGAAUCGAGAUGUUUUGGUCAGAUCUGGAUCACAGAAAACAAAACGUUCUGCGAGCGCGAGUCGUUCUUAA